AUGGGUUCCGAAAAGGACGUGGAGGCGGAGCCGCUGGGGGCGGCAGUGACGACACCCGCCACCGGCGCCGGCGCCCACGGCCUCCGAGGAGGAUUCUCGGACCAAGCGACGACGACAAUAACGAUGGAAAAGGGGCCUGGACAUGGACAGCGGCACCGCUUCGCCUCUGCAGAUGGCCUGGAAAAAGCACACGAGACGCGUAUGGAGAAGAGAAAGAGUUUCGACGUCGACGACGCGACGGACGGCGAGCAGCCGUCCCCGGAGGACAUCGCCGUAGAGCGCCUGCAGACGGCCCGAUCCCACGCGAGCGCACGGAGCCGCCUCUCCCGGGUCGCGAGCCUUGCCUCCCGCCGCAGGGAAGCCGACGGCCGCCCAUCCGUCGCGGCCGCCCACCACAACCACCCUCUCAGUGACCUUCCCGCCGGCCUCGUCGGCUGGGACGCCCCAUCCGACCCGGCCAUGCCCAUGAACCUGCCCCCGCGCCGUAAGUGGCUCGCCAUCUGGUUCCUCGCUGCCAUCACCUUCAUGACGCCUUUCGCCUCCUCGAUCCUCGCCCCGGCCGUCGGCCCUCUCAACGAGGACCUCGGCAACGACGACAUGACGCUCGGCACUCUGCCCGUGAGCAUCUACCUCCUCGGCUACGCCGUCGGCCCGCUCUUCCUUGCGCCCCUGUCCGAGAUGUACGGCCGCCGCCCUGUCCUCAACGCCGCCAACGUCUUCUUCUGCGCCUGCCUCGCCGGCUGCGCCCUUGCGCCCUCGCUCGCCUCCCUCAUUGCCUUCCGCUUCCUCACGGGUGUCGGCGGCUCCGGCUGCCUCGCCAUCGGCGGCGGCGUCAUCGCCGACCUGUUCCCCGUCGCCGAGCGCGGCGCCGCCAUCUCGCUUUGGAUGAUCGGGCCCCUGAUCGGCCCCACGGCCGCCCCCAUCGCCGGUGCCUACAUCGCCCAGGACCUCGGCUGGCGCUGGUCCUCGUGGGUCUCCCUCAUCGCCGCCGCCCCCGUGACCCUCAUCAUUGCCCUCUUCAACCGCGAGACCAACCCGCGCGUCCUCAUCGACCGGAAGGUCGCUCGGCUCCGCGCCGAGCUCUGCCGCCCUGAGCUUCGCAGCGUCUACGACCAUGACGACGACUGUCGUCGCCUCCCAGCGGGCACGCCCCGGCCCACGUCCUCCCAGCUCCUGGUCCGCGGCCUCGUCCGCCCGCUCAAGAUGCUCUUCCUCUCGCCCAUCCUCUUCAGCGUGAGCCUCUACUGCGCCUUCGCCUACGGCGUCCUCUAUCUCCUCUUCAGCACCAUCCCCCUCGUGUUCGCUUCCACCUACGGCUUCUCCGUCGGCACCGCGGGGCUCGUCUAUAUCCCCCUGGGUCUCGGCUACCUCAUCGGCAUGGCCUUGUUCGCCGCCCUCUCCGACCGCACCGUCGUCCGCAUGACGAAGGCCAACGGCGGCGUCUACGAGCCCGAGAUGCGUCUGCCCGACUGCAUCUACUUCGCCGCCCUGCUGCCUGUCACCUUCUUCUGGUACGGCUGGACCGCCGAGUUCGAGACCCACUGGGCCGCGCCCGUCGUCGGCCUACUGCCGUUCGGCGUCGCCAUCCUGGGCAUCUGGCAGCCCAUACAGGCCUAUGUCAUCGAUGCGUACCCGUCCUACGCCGCCUCGGGCAUGGCCGCCCUUACCGUCUUCCGCAGCGUCAUCGCGGCGUUUCUGCCGAUGGCGGGGCCACCCAUGUACGACGCCCUGGGACUUGGUUGGGGGAACAGCGUUCUGGGCUUCGUCGCCGUUGCCCUCAUACCUGUGCCGACGCUGAUUUAUCGCUAUGGAGGGCGAUUGCGCAAGUGGCAGAAGCUGAAGCUUUGA